AUGUGCUACGUGAAGCGCAUCGUCUGGUCCUGCGGCUGCAUCAAGGGCGCCGUCGUGGAACACCGCUGCAACAAGGUCGGCACUAUCGACUGCCGCUUCCGCCAUCUGCUCGAGCGGCUCCGCGUGCCCAUCCCUUGCCAGCUCUGCAGCAGCCCGGAUUCGACCCCAUCUCCUAUCCGUCGCCGCCAUCGUCAUCAUCGCCGCCGAAGCGUCGGGGUCCGUCCUGUCGCCUUCAUCAUCCGCCGCCGGAGUUGCAGCGGGAGCAGUGCCGGGUCUGGGUUCGGUACUGGUGGUAGCUGCAUGGCGAAUAGAAGCAGCCAUUGA